UGUUGGCUCCGAUUAAGAUGGGCCAUGGGUCGGCACGACUGUAGCGCUCAUGAAUGGAGAGGCAUCGAUUGAUGAUUCCGAGGAGAAAGGCCACAGCAUCCAAGAGCUGCUCUUGGCAUUGGAGAACCACCGUGUUGACUGUGAGCAGACUGGAAGGUACGAAGAAGCCGAAUUGGCGCGUCUUCGCUUGGACCAGCUACGACAGCACGAGGAGAAGAGCCGUCGAGAUGCCCUCUUGGAACAGCAGCUUGCUGAACGAAUGGGUGUUGAAGAAGCACACAUGUUGGGCUUGCAGGAGUUCAGCAACAUCUGGGACCAGAAGCAACAGGAUUUCGAAGCCAAGGCGAAUCAGCUCCAGUCGGUGCUGGCCACCAGACAUAAACAGGAACACCAGAUCCACUUGGAGAAGCUCCGGCGCGAGGUGGAGCCUAGGACGCCGCGCUGGAGCCGCGACUUGCUGAACUUGCGCAAGAUCCAGGAGACCCUCGCAAAGAUGAGGAAAUAUGCGGAGGCUGAAAAAACCAAGGCCCAGGCAGAUAAGCUGGAAGCAAGAGAGCACAAUCAGUGGAAGGAGAAACGCGAAGCUCGAAUAGCUGUGAUGGAAGAACAGUUUCUUCACAAGCAGCAGCUUGAGAUGGGUGGUCUCUUGAAGCGUCUCAAGGCCUCCCGGGAAGAGUUGAAGCGUUCCCGGAAGAUGGAGAUGGAACGCUUGCUGCAGCGCUAUCAGAAUCUGAAAAUGCAGAUGGAAAACCAACAGCGCAUCAUCCAGCAGCGUGUAGAAAGGUAUCCCAUUACUGCACCCAUGGCCAAUCCAACGCGCCCAGCAAGUGGCUAGCGUGGCCGUCGCAAGGUCAAACCUUGUGCUGCCACAGCGCACAGUGAGACUGUGACCAAAAAUGACCAAAACAAG